AUGGCUGCGCCCACUGAAACGAAAACGACAGUUGUAAAAGCUAAUGUAAACAGGAAGAUUAUCAAAGGAAAUGUUUCAAGACGUGCUGCACAUCAAAUACCAGAUGAUAUCCUGAAUAAUGUCAAGCUACAAGAAGCUGUCAAGCAGCUGCCAAAUAACUACAAUUUUGAGAUAUUUAAAACAGUAUGGAGAAUAAGGACGACAAAAGCCAAGAGAGUGGCUCUCCAGUUUCCUGAGGGAUUGUUACUGUUUGCUUGUACAAUUGCUGACAUCAUUGAGGAGUUUACAGAGGCAGACAGCCUUAUUAUGGGUGAUGUGACUUAUGGAGCAUGCUGUGUUGAUGAUUUCACUGCUAGGGCCUUGGGAGCAGAUCUUAUGAUUCACUAUGGACACAGUUGUCUAGUUCCGAUAGACAAGACUGAAGGAAUACAGAUGCUAUACGUGUUUGUCGACAUCAAGAUUGACACAGCUCACUUCCUGGAAACAAUACAUCACAACUUUUCACCUGGUUCCCAUCUGGCCUUUGUCAGCACCAUUCAGUUUGUGGCAGCUUUACAGGUAUAA